AUGAGCCCAGGCGACACGCUGCCACUGAGUGUUCAUUCUCACAUUUACGGCCUCGACCUCCAAUUACUCAAGUCCAACACGCAAGCUCUUUCGCUUUCUAUCGGACCCAAUUAUGUCGGCUACGGCUACCCUGCGGGUACGUCAACUGGCGGUACAGCAGGUGCGUCGACUGGUGGUGCAGCGGCUGCGUCGGCAAGCGCCACAGCAAGUGCCUCUGCGAACGCUGGGGCUGGAAAUGGAGCCACGUACCGCAAGCUUCGCUCGGCGGCGUAA